CCCCCCCCAUUCCAGCCCAGCUCCUUCCGCCAUCACCCCCGAAACGUUGUAAGCCUGUAACCCUAGCUCCGUCGCCGUCACCCAAGCAACGCCGCCGCCCAAGAAACCAGCAUCCCGCGGCCCAAAACCUUGCUGACUCCAGAGUCCAGACCACCUCCACCCAAAGCUACGCCGCCGUGCCAGAAACCGGCAGCAGCCUCAAGCAUCCUCGUGGCUUACUUAAGCAUUAGCCAUCAGGAACCUCGCUGCUGAUCUGAAGGUUGACUGUGUACGCAGGAGUGGGGAAUUGGUGACCAACUCUAACCAUGUCUGUGGCUGCCGGUGUAAGUGAUGCGGCCAUUGCGGUGCGUGACAAGCUUCGUGGCAAGAUUGGCCAGACUAAGGUCAAGCGGUACUGGCCAGGAAAGGCGCCAGAGUGGGCUGACGAUGCUGAUGAGGAUUUAGAUCUUCAGACGGCACGGGUCUCCCUUGAUAAGGCAUUCCCAAAGGAUGAUGAUGCUGACAUCCCUGCAAAGGAUGACCGCCGGCUUCGGCGUCUCGCACAAACCCGUGAGAAUAAGGAGGAGCUGAGGGCAGAUCAUCGCCGAAUACGACAGGCUGAGAUUGUGUCAACUGUUGAAGAGGAGAAUGAGAGGCAGGAAGCUGAUAUCGACGAGGAGGAUGAGGAGGCUCAGGAGGAGAGGAGGAGAAGGAUAAGGGAGAGGCAGCUCUUAAGGGAGCAGGAGGAGCUACUUCCUCAGGAAGAGGAAGAACCGGUGGAGGAUGAGUCAGAGGAGGAAUCUGAGUAUGAGACGGACUCCGAGGAUGAGCAGAUGGGCAUGGCCAUGGUGAAACCUGUCUUCAUACCAAAGUCACAGAGAGACACCAUUGCAGAGCGUGAACGGCUUGAGGAGGAGGAGCGACAGCUUGAGGAGCUAGUCAAGAAGAGGCUGGAGGCUAGGAAGAUAGAGACUAGACAGAUUGUGGUUGAAGAGAUUAAAAAGGAGGAGCACAUUGAAAAGGCACUGAAUGAAGAGGCCAACAUUGAGGAUGUCGAUACAGAUGAUGAGUUGAAUGAAGCAGAGGAGUACGAGUCAUGGAAGAAUAGAGAAAUAGCAAGAAUUAAGAGGGACAGGGAGGAAAGAGAUGCAAGGUUGAAGGAGAAAGAGGAGAUUGAGAGGGUCAGGAAUAUGACCGAAGAGGAGCGUCGGGAAUGGGAGCGGAAGAAUCCAAAGCAGCUUCGUCAGACCAAACAGAAGUGGAAGUUUAUGCAAAAGUAUUACCACAAAGGUGCUUUCUUCCAGGAAAGUGCUGAUGAUGUUAUUCAGUCAGCUGGUAAAGAAGAUAUCUACAGCCGUGAUUUCUCUGAACCUACUGGGGAAGAUAAGAUGGAUAAGAGUAUACUGCCAAAGGUCAUGCAAGUUAAACACUUCGGGCGCAGUGGCAGAACGAAGUGGACACAUCUUGUUAAUGAGGAUACUACAGACUGGAAUGCACCGUGGGCCACAAAUGGGCCUCUGCGAGCAAAGUAUAAUUCAAAAAUGGCGGGCAUGAAUGCACCUAUUGCUAAACCAAAGGGAAGUAAGAAGCUGAAGGACUGGGAUGCAAAAUAAGAUGCUGGCUUGACCUGGUACUAUUCUCUUAAGCCUUACUUCCAUAAGAGCACUGCCUAGCCAAGAAGUGCAGAAAAUGCUUAUAUGGAUGCUAAUCCUUUUUAUUUUGAGUGCAUAAACCAUGUGACCUUAAUGUGCUAUCAUUUGUUGGAGUUGAAAUGUCCCAUUAUAAUUCAUGAAUGGUCAUUGGUAUUACUUUCUUGGGAUGUUUUAGAGUAUCCCAUGUAUAUUUGUUGCUGUAUGCCUGUGAAAGUCUACAAUUUCACCUUUCAUUAACCAUGUUCUUUGUAAUCUAAACCUUUCUUUAUUAUACCCAUUAAUACCGAACCAUAUUGAGUAGUUAUUGUCAAAUUAUGGUCUACCAUAUGAUGUUAGGGUGCUACCUGCAUGUAACCGUGUGUGCUUGCUGUGAUGUGUAUUUGUGGCUGUGGCUCUUAUUGUUGAUGCUCCUUUAAUGAGAAAAUUUUAUAGAUUUGGU